AUGUUAUAUUAUAAACCUAAACACUUAAAAUCGGUUGUUCCUUCAAUUUUUACAACUGAACCUCCAAGUGCAGCCGAUUCUAUAAUUUUAGAUUCUCGUAUAUUAAGCGAGGAAAAGCUCAAUCUGAAUAGCAAGUUUGCUUUGCUUGAUCAAUUCAGUCAUCGAGCCUUUGAUAUCAAAGAAUAUAAUUUGACUUAAAGAGAAUUGCCAAGCAUAAAGAAACAUGUAAUAUCGAAUAAUAAAUUGGAUGUUUGGGGUGAAACAACCUUGACCCUCUAUAGAAAUCAAUUCCUUUACACAUCCUUAGAUAUCCAUGAAAAAUAUUCACCAGUGAUCUUAUUCAUCUACGUAAAAAAAGGGGAUCCCAAUACAAAAAUGCGAUUAUUUUGUUCUGUUAGAUUUUAAUAACCCAAUCGUUUCAAUGCAGAAAUCGAAACUUAUGGUCGAGUGCUUAAAUAUCACUCUAGAGAAGGCACAACUUUUUAUGACCCUACUCUAUAUGUUGCAAUCUUAGCACAAAAUGAUGUGGUUAUUACUAUCAAAAACGAAUUUGCGAAACCUCCUAUACCUAGAAAAAUCCUGUAAUUUAAAAAAAAGGAUGAACAAACUUAGGAAUUUGAAGAAUUAGCUGAUUUAAUCAUUCGAAAACGAAAGUUAAAAUAGAAAUCUUUAAAUUUCAUCAAUUUUAAUAGAUCGUUGCUUCGAAAGCAAAGGAUUGAAUCUCCGUGCAACACUGAACGAUUAAAAGAGAUAAAAUACAAAUAGACAUCCAUAUUAAAAGAAUAAAACCUAAAACAUAUUGCGUAGAUUGCUUUACAUGAUGUUGCAAAAGAAAUCAAGCAUAAAUAGAUGAACAUCCAACUCAAGUAAUCUGCUUAACUUAUAAAUAUAGAUAGAUGCAUAAAGAAUGGGUCUGUAAGAAAUGGAUUUAAAUUGUCAUUCUAAUCGAUUACAUAGCACCGUCUAUAAGUAAUUAUAUUAAAGUACAAAAACGCAUAUCUGAGAAAAACAUGAGGAAAUAAAUAUUGACAAUGCAAUUCAUCCACAAAAUUAAACAUAACAUUUUACAACAAGGACCAAAGAUAAAACCAAGAACCUUGUUGCUCUGUAAAAUGAGCAUGUAGAUUUGUAUCCACAGUCAACAGGACAAGGUGAAAUAGAAGAGUCACCAUAUUAUCAUCGAAAUUCUGAGACAAAACAUCCGAAGCUAUUAUAAAGUCACAAAGGGCUUACACACUGUUAAUCUAAGUAAGUGAUCAUUUGGAUUUAGUUAAAAAAUGCAUCAACAUGCUUGUUAGACACAAGAAUAAAAGGUUGGAAUUCAUGGCUUCGAUGAAGAUUGCCAUAUCCCAUCAAUGCAAACAGAUCUAUGGGGACAUCUUGAAGAUGAAGUAGCAAUCAAUAUCGCAACUGCCUCUUUAGCAAUAGUAGCAGCAGGAAAAGAAUAAGAACAAGAGGGAUCCCCUUCAUUACUUAAUUCAUGAUUAGUAUAGAAUUUAUUAUUAUCAUUUUAAUAGAUAAUUUAUAAUGUUUAUAUAUAAGAAAUUAUUUACUAAUGUGUUACAGAAAUGGAAUUAGGACUUUGAUGCUUUUCGAACAGUCUAUCAUGACAGUAAGAAAAAAGGAUUGGCCUUGUUGUUGAGACCAUUGCCCUUAGAAAUACCAAAGGAAGAGAUUAUUAAUAACUAUAUUGUGGAGGAAUUGGACCGCAGAGGAUUGAUAAAUUAUUAAUAUUAUCCGUUAAAUUAAUGAAUUCUCCAAGAGCAGAAACUCUGGAUUUAGAAUUAAAUGACACUAUCAACAAGAUCUAUAAUGGUUGUUAGAAGAUCAAUGAUAAACAUCUCAGAAUAAGGAUAUUGCAAUGGUUAGAUAAAGUGAGAACUCCAACACACAAUUUUAUUUGGAAAUAGAAUUCUUUAUUAUAUGCUCGUGUUCUAUUGGAGAUGACUCUUGAAAAAUAAUUAGACAAACCCUUUAGAGGAGUACCUCCAGACGGGCCAUUGCCGAGAUUGGACAAAUUUGAUGUCGUAAUUGAUUUGUAAUUUAAUAGUAAGCCUCAACAAGUUUGGCAGAAACUCAAACAAGUUCAGUAGGCCCAAUCUCCCAGGAAACCUUUAGGGAUGAUUUUGAAUAGAAAUCUGACUCCAAAAUUGAAGACUGAGCCUGGGUCUUACAAAUGCAACAAAUUCCAUAAUAGUCAGAAAUCCCAGAAGUGGGAUCAAAUCAAAGAGACUCUAGAAGGGGCUAAUAAAAAUAUGCAAGAAUUUAAACAAUUUUUAGAAAAUUUAUAAACUUAAUAACUAUCUCUUUGA